CUUCACUUGAACAACAUUACUACGAUGUAUUUAAAUUAUUUAAUUAUUAUUGUGUCCAUAAUAAUUUGUGGGGUGAACUCUGAGAUGAACACUGUUGAUGAAAUGUAUUUAAAUUUUUUUGUUCAGAUAGAAAGUGUUAAAAAAUCUAUUGAUAUAUUGAAAGUACGACUGGAUGCUGUAAGUGAAAAAAAUCCCUGUGAUGGUGGCUCUCAUAUAGACAGCGAAUUUCAAAUUCAGGUUUUCGAAAAUUUUGGUGUUUUUAAAAAAUAUUUUGAUGAUUUAAAUACUCGUUUGGAUUCAUUGAUAGACAAUUCUAAAAACAAACAGCAAUAUGUGGAUAAACAAUCUUUCGAUGAUUUAAAAACUCAAUUGGAUGCCUUGACAGAUAAUUUCAAGGCCAAACAACAGAAUGCAGACAGUAAAAUGGAAAAGUUAGAAUCCCAACAGAAAAUUUUAGUACAGGAAAUAUCAGAAAUGAAAGAAAAUUAUUCAAAAUUAUUGGAUGAAUUAAAUACUGUAACGUUAUCGGAGAAAAGAUUGAAGGAAAAUUACAACGAUUUGGAAGAAAAGUAUUUAGAAUUAGUAAAAAAUAAAGAAGCCGAUACUAAAUCUAAUAAUGAUUUAAAUUUACGUAUGGAUAACAUCACAACACAAUUAUCUAAAUGUAUAGCUACCGAAGCCUACGAUAAGAAACCAUUACUUGAUGUACGUGUUGAUCAGCUACCAGAAUUUAAAAAAGAGCACUGCCAACCGGACUCUGAACCAACUGAUUGCAAAUCAGCUACCAAGUGUACGCAAAAGAGUGGUUAUUACAAAAUAUAUUUACCCGGAAAUAAAGCAAAAGAAAUUAUGGUAUUUUGUGAUAUGGAAAUUGCUGGUGGUAAUUGGAUGCACAUUUUAAGACGCAUUGAUGGUUCAGAAAAUUUUACACGUCCUUGGUCUGACUACGUAAAUGGAUUUGGUAAUGUCGAGGGAGAGUACUGGAUCGGAUUAGAUAAUUUACAUGCUCUCACUAACAACAAUGGUCGCCAACUAUUAUAUGUUUAUUUAGAAGUUUCUCCAGGGGUGUCUAGUUAUGCCGUGUAUGAUAACUUUUUAGUAGGAGAUGCCACGGAAAUAUAUAAAUUAAAAUCUUUAGGCUCAUAUGAUGGCACAGCAGUAGAUGGUAUGUCGUAUUAUUCGGGUCAAAAAUUUAGCACCAUCGAUUAUGAUAAUGACGAAAUCGCCACUGCAAAUUGCGCCAAGAACUACAAUGCAGGAUGGUGGUUUAAAUCUUGUGCAUGUUCAAACCCUACAGGUCUAUAUGAAUCAACCGGUGUACUUUGGUCAAGCCGGAGUUCAAAAUCAUAUUUUAAUAAAAUCAUGUAUUUUAUGAUACGAAGUUUUUAAAUGUCUGAUGUAUAUUUAAACAAAAUUUAUCAAUAUCAUUUAGACAAAAAAAUAAUUUACAAAAA